AUGAGCUCGACAUACAACCGAGGAAAGAAUUCUAAAAUAAGAAAGACUUCCGGUAAAUUUGAUGAUUCAAUAACAGAUCAUGAUGAUUUUUCUUUGGAAGCCACAGUUGAUUAUCCUCCAGAAGCCACAACUUCUUCAAACAAUCCCUCCAAUCAAAGCGACUUUGAAAACUUUACCAGCUCCAGAAAUACCGAACAAGCUAAAUUGGCUAGCAAGCCCAAUCGAAUCAGAAACUAUUCCAUAAGUGAAGCAUUCAACUACAGCAAUAACCUGAACAACCCCAAUUUUGACAUCAGCGGGCGAAGCUAUGUCAGUAUGAGUCAUAGACCAAGCAUUCUUGAAAGUACAAGUUCACCCCAGGUGAACACAGGCGCUGAAGUGCACGAACAAACAGCAAACCUUGCCAACAUUGGUGUUGUCGAUAAUGAUGAAGGAGAUGGUGGAGGCAAUGAUUACGACACUAGCAUUCAGGAAGAGGAAUUUCCGGUGCAACCAAACCGCUCGAGUGCCAAACCCUCUCACAUAGGGGAAUACGAAAGGCCGUCGUCGUCGCCUACGUAUUCCAGUAUAACUCCCUUGCUUGCCAAUCGACAUGCUGAUUACACCACAGGUGAUGAAGAAGGAUCAAUUGGUGUGCAACAACACUCGAAUUUUCGGGGAGUUUCAGAUUCUAAAAGACAAUCAUAUACUACCAACACACCGAACGGCGCAGGAUCAAUUCCUGAAAAACCAGCUCAUCCAAGUAGAUUACAUCAGCUACUUACCAAACCAUUCCAAUUCAUUCCUGGAGUGUUUUUGGGAACUUUGCUCAACAUUUUAGAUGGUUUGUCUUACGGAAUGAUCAUGUUCCCCAUUAGUGAACCCAUAUUUGCCGCAUUAGCACCGGCAGGACUUUCGAUGUUUUACAUGUCAUGUAUCGUAUCUCAAUUGGUUUAUUCAUUGGGUGGGUCUGCAUUCGAAGCGGGUAUUGGUUCGGAAAUGAUUGAAGUUACACCAUUCUUCCAUACCAUGGCAUUUAGCAUUUCCAAACUGAUCAUGUCAGAAAACUCUGCAGAAAAUCAACAGGAUGCGAUAAUUGCAACUACAAUAACAUCAUAUGCCAUCUCGUCUAUUGUGACCGGUUUGGUGUUUUUCUUGCUAGGAAAAUUGAAAUUGGGGGUGUUAGUUGGGUUCUUUCCUCGACACAUUCUUGUUGGCUGUAUAGGGGGAGUGGGGUACUUUUUAAUAGCUACUGGGAUUGAAGUAUCGUCAAGGUUGGAAGGUGGGCUAAAUUAUAAUUACGAAACAUUCAAGUAUUUAUUUUACAACACAACCACGCUUUUGGAAUGGACGGUACCACUAAUCUUGGCCGUGAUAUUGAUACUACUUCAGCAUAGAAUUCACAACUCGCUACUUGUGCCUGGAUACUUUAUUGCCGUUUUUGCAGUGUUUCACUUGAUUGUAUUGCUAAUCCCCUCGUGGAACUUAGAUGAUGCAAGAAGAAUGGGUUGGGUGUUUCCAGCAGUAGAGGAUGACCAACCUUGGUUUGAGUUUUAUGAGUUGUACAAGUUUCAGUUGGUUGAUUGGUGGUGCAUUAUGAGACAAAUCCCAACGAUGUUGGCAUUAACAUUUUUUGGAAUUUUGCAUGUUCCAAUCAAUGUGCCUGCAUUAGCGGUAUCCAUUGGAAUGGAUGAUGUCGAUGUGAAUCGAGAACUAGUUGCUCAUGGGUAUUCAAAUGCAAUUUCCGGUUUGGUCGGGUCUAUUCAAAAUUACUUGGUGUACACCAAUUCAGUGUUGUUUAUCAGGGCUGGCGCUAAUGAUAGACUUGCCGGUAUUAUGUUGGCUAUAGCUACGGCGGCAGUCAUGAUUGCGGGGCCAGUCGUUAUUGGCUAUAUUCCAGUAUGUGUUGUUGGUGCCUUGAUUUAUUUAUUGGGGUACGAGCUUCUUAAAGAGUCCGUGUGGGAUACUAUUGGUAGAUUGAGAAAGAUUGAGUACUCAACCAUUAUUAUCAUUGUAGUGACUAUGGGUGCAGUUGAUUUUGUUGCCGGUAUAGGGAUCGGUAUUUUAUUAGCAUGUUUAUCAUUUGUGGUUGAGGCUGCAAGGACUCCAGUUGUUCAAGGUAUCUACUCCGGUAAUGUUGCCCGAUCAACCGUUUUGCGUCACCCAAAGCAACAAGAAUUUUUGAAAAACGUGGGGGAGCAAAUUUGCAUUGUUAAGUUGCAAGGGACUAUAUUCUUUGGGUCGAUCGGUGGAGUAGAAAAGGAAAUCAGGUUGAUAUUUGAAACUGACAAGUUUGAUAAAAGACCGGUAAAGUUCUUGAUAAUUGAUAUGAAGGGGGUUAUUUCUUUGGACUUUUCAGCGGCUGAGGGGUUCAGAAGAAUACUAAAUUUGGCCAGUGAGUUCAAGACGCAAUUGAUCAUCUCUGGAGUGAGCGAAGAGGACGAUACGAUCCAGGGAUUGCGUGAUGCUGGAUUAUUUGAAAUUAGCGAGCAGGACGAGGGCUCAUCUCCACCUAUUGAGUUAUUUAGUUCGUUGAACUAUGCUUUGGAGUGGUGUGAAAACUCAUUUUUAAAGACGUACAAGAGUUUAAAAAAAAACAACCCAUUGGAGCAUGUCACUCGUCAAACAUCGUCAAGAUCUGUUCCUGGAGCAAAGACUAAUAAUACAAAUGCAAAUACGCGAGUGAACACAAACUCGAGUGGAAGCAUGGCACGAUCGUCAUCGAUUCAAUCACCAUCCUCGUUUAGCAAUAAAUUGUUUAAUCAAUUUGGUGGUGAGUUUGGAACUCCAAGAACUAAACAAGUUCUUCAAGCAGCUAGUAGAACAGUUUAUGACGAACAAAAAACUCAACACAAACUACACCUGAAUGCUAAUAGUCAGUUUUUACAAAAACAGCCAUUGCCUUUGAUGAUGAUUACAUUUCAAGGAUUGUGUUCCAAAGAUGCCGAGUUUUGGGCACCAUUGGCUCCAUAUUUCGUCAAGGAGCAAAUUCCGGAAGAUUUACAAUUUUACAACACUUCAAAAGACGAACCAUCUUUUUUCAUCGUUGAACUGGGACUAAUUCGAUCUGUGAUCAAGUUUGGACCCGAGGGAAGAGAACUACACAGUUCAAUUGUACCUAUGGUUGCAUUUGGCGAUUUAGACGAUGCAUCACAUUACAGACCUAUUGCUUACACUACUGUAAAUGACUCAGUCGUGUGGAAAUUAUCGAAAGCUAAUAUCAAGGAAAUGUUAAAACUGCAAGGAUCGAAGGGAGAAGCUAUAUAUCAUGAACUAUUGGAAAUUGAAGCCAAAUUGAUAAGGGAAAGAUUUGACACAAUGACGGCAAAUUUGAUCAUAUCAGGGUAG